AUUUAGACAUGGGCGUUUUUGGUUUUGAACGCAAACGGAUAUUUAUCGGAUUUCAGAUUUCAAAAUCGAUUUUAAAAUCCGUUUUUAGAUAUCCGAUUUCAGAUGUGCCAAACUUAGCCAAUUCACUAGUUUGUGUUAUGAUUUGGUUUUAUUAGCUAACGACAAUCACAAACAAUUAAUUGUAGGAAGCAAGAAUACUCGUAGAUUUUCGCUUAGGACUAGCAGAAAAGUUAUGUUUACGGUUAAGAGUAAAACUUUUGCGGCGCAUUUAAAAAUCGACUUAUAUACAAUGAUUUCUUUUUACAUAUUUUUUUAGUAUUUUUUUUUGUUUUUCUGUUUGUUUUUAUUAUUUUUCAAACCAUUUACAAAAUCAAACCUAAUUACUUCAGGUUAGCGUCCAAAAAUGUAAGUUGCUCGACUUUUGAUGUUUUUAGACGACAUAUCUUUUCAGUGAUAAAUAAUCCCGCCUCAGAGAAGAGCAAUAGAUUUCCGUAAACAGCAAAUCGAAAUCGGACUUCCGAGCACGAAAUCUGACUUCCGAAAACGAAAGCACGAAUUUCGAAUCCGAUUUACAUUUGGAUACUUAUGGUAUUAGAUCGCUAGCGUUUUGGUUCGGUUAGAUUUCUGAAAUCGGAUUUUCUUGUUGAGAAAUCGUUCGGUAUCGAUUUGUGUUUGAAAUCGGAUUUUGGAUUCGUUUUGAUAUAUCGGACGCAUGCCUAAUAAAAUUAUUAUAAAAAAAUAUGAUAUUUUGUUGAUCUCUCGAAUUCCAAACCAACAUUUAUUUUUUAUCAUAAUUUUCCCUUUCUAUGAGAAAAAGGAAUUUCUUUUAAUAAAAUAAUGUUCCAUGAUUAUAUGGGUAAAACACCUUUAUUCUAAUUUUUAACAUUUAUUGAAGUUAAAGUGAUAGAAACUGAAGCUGUUCAAUCACAUAGAAAUGGAAUAUGAUAAUGAUGAGAAUACAUGGCGCACACCUUCACAACCGAAAGUACAGCGGUCUAAAUGUCAUCAGAUACCGAAACGGUCAACUACCUUGGCUGUGAUUGUACUGGGACUAGCUGUACUGAGCUGCCUUCUUGGGUAUUGUGUGCUUAGUGAAACAUUGCCCUAUGAGUCAAAAACCUUACGUCUUGUUAUAAUUUUUUUCAGACAUGGAGCAAGGAAUCCUACACAUAGUUACAAAAGCGAUCCCUUCAAAAACUACCAGUGGCCUGAUGGUCUGGGAAGUCUCACUAAUCAUGGGAAACUUCAGCUUUAUGAGCUUGGCAAGAAAUAUAGAAGUUACUAUGCAAAUUUCAUAAAUGAAGAAUAUUAUGAAAAAGAUGUAUACAUCCGUAGCAGUGAUAAGUCACGGUGUAUGAUGAGUGCAUAUACUUUCCUUGCUGGUUUGUUUCCACCAACAGAGAGGCAAAUGUGGCAUCCUGAAAUACCAUGGCAACCAAUACCUGUACAUUCAUUGCCUAGGGAAUUAGACAAUAUUGUAGCUGGAACAAAAGAAUGUAAAGUUUGGAAAACUAUGUAUGAAGAAUUACUUGCAGAAAAAAAUGCUGACCCAAAAUUUACAGAAUUAUUUGAUUAUUUGAGCAAACACACAAAUCAGAGUAUGCACAGUGUUCUUGAUGUUGACUUUCUAUAUAGUACUCUGCUUACAGAGCAAGAGGCAGGCCUAAAAUUACCUGAAUGGACUAAGAAUGUAUUUCCCAAUAAAAUGCGUAUGCCAUACAUGCUAAGUUUAGCCUUGUUGUCCUAUAAUGAAACAUUACAACGUUUCAAAGUAGGUCCUCUCCUCAAAGAAAUUAAAACAUCUUUCGAUGAGUCAAUGAGACAUGCCAGCGAAGAGCACUCACUGUUUCUAUACUCUGGUCAUGAUGUGAACGUGGUUGGAUUGUGGAGAGCGCUGGGUUACACUGAGCUGCUGGAACCAGAGUAUGGAGCUAGUGUUGUGAUGGAACUGCAUGAGGAUAUCGAACAAUCCAGCUUUUUUGUUAAGGUAUUCUAUCGAAAUAAUACAAAAGUUGAAGUGCCAAUGGAAAUAAAGCUGCCGUUCUGUGAUGAUCCAUGUCCUUACGACAUGUUUGUAAAAUAUAUUGAUUCACUUAUCCCCAACGACUGGGAGCGUGAAUGUAAAAACGUUAUUGAUUGAACAAACACCGAAGGUAUGCUCAUUUUAUAUGGAAUUAAAUAAUAAGGUUGUAUAAAAAACAACAUAAAAUUCUUAGCUGGGCGGCUAAGUAAAAUUAGAUUUCUUUCUACUUAUCGUUGUUGUGCUUGAGAUUGCUGUAAAAAAAGUUGUGAGGAAAAUGAUUCUAAAGAGUAAAGUUACACCACUGCCAUCGCGUUGUCUCCCAUAGAACGUGUAUAAUCUAUACUAAGUUUAGAGUACUAAGUUCAUAUUAUUUUACAUGAUCACAAAAGUACAGCCUAGUAUUAAAUCGUAAAGGGGUAUUUACAAUUUUACACGUUAAUUAUAAUUAAUCAGAAAGAAUUUUAAUUAAACCAAUAUCUAUGUCUAUGAGUGAUCAGGACAGACGUUAAUGAAAAUAACGUAAAUGUAAUGAUAACGGAGAGUGCGAAAUAAAUAUUAUAAUAUACAUACAACUAAACAGUAUAACGGAUAACGAAACAUUCCAUAUAAAUUUUAUAUACUUAGGUAUUUCUAUACACUUAAAAUCGACUGAGAUACUAAGCAUUUAACCUCUUUAAUUACAGCCCAUCAGAAAUUGGAUUUUGAAAAUUUACCUUAUGUCAGCUUAUUUUUUUAACCGUUUUUAAACAUUCGUGCUCCCUAAAGGGACCGAUCACAGCAGUCCGCCGCUAUAUGCAGGAUUGUGAAUGUUGUCGCAGUCUGCAUGGCGUCCGGCAACACCAAGCAGGAAUGAGUUUUAGUCCUGCACGGCUGACUGUAAAGCAAGCCAUAGACGCUAGGGUUUACCGGAGCGUGUAUGUCACAUAACUGCGCAGGUUUCCAGUUGCGCCUGUACAGGAAGGAACUGAAAUAAUAUGAAUUUUGAUAUUUUCUACCUGUGCAGUUUAACUGUGUAGGUAAAACUGAGCGUGUGUGGUUGUCGCCUGCGCAGGUAUCAGUUGUCCGGUGAUUGUCAGAGGGGAUGGACGCGCGGCGCUCUACUGUAUAAGUACAAAAUGUCGUCUCGUAAAUGGAACUAGGUCCUGGAGGAGUUUAUAGAAAUCUAUAAAUCAGAGUAUUGUCUUUGACGCAUAAAAUGUUCUCCUUGUUGCAAGGUAUCUUACGUCACUGUCAAUCUUAGAUGAGGCAAUAUUGUAUCUUGCUUCUCAAUUAAGGGAGUCGCUGCUGUUAACAGUUAAAGUUACGUAUUUUUAUCCAUUCGUAGAUAAUUGCGGUAAUCUGUUGGCUUAAAUUUCAAUUGUUUCUCUAAAUUAACAUGAGAGUACUGUUUUCUGUGCAGGAACCAUGCUUUGCAGCACUGUUCGCAAAACAAAUAAUAUAACCUAAAAACGCUACUGUGUUGAAAUCAAGCGCCGCUGCCGGGGUCAUGGUUUCAACUGAAAAUUUGUGCAGGUUUACCCCUGCGUAUAUGGUCUUUACUAAGCUCAAGUUUACCUGUGCAGUUGAACUGUAUAGGUAAACAUGUCAGGUUCACCCUACCGCGUAUGGCUUGCUUAAUGCAAAAUCGUGAAUGAGCCUCUUUAGAAGUACACAAAAAGGAAUCAUAAAUAGGUACAGUAUAACGCCGAUUAACCGAAUCGCCAAUUAUCCGAAUCAGUCCUAAGCGUAAUAUAAAAAAUUAAAACAAGAUAUUUUUGUUUUGUUUUGUUAUAACAAGUUAGAACUCACUGGAGUCCAGAUAUAUUUCAUCUGUUAUGGUUGAAAGCUAGAGGCAAGACAUUACAUGUUUUUCGUAGCGCGUUUUUUUUGCUACUAUGUACCUCGUUUAUUGUAUUUAGUAUUGUAGAACUGUGUUUAUUAAACUUAUACCCCCUUAUUAAUAAACGAAAAAUAAGCUUGGAUAAGUUACUCCAUGUUUUGUCUUUGUUCAUUGAAUGACAAAUGGCAUAUGAGUGACAUGAACAAAACACGGCGUAACUAAUCUAAGCUUAUUCCUUGUUUAUUAAUAAGGGGGUUAAGGUUUAUUCUAUGUGUGACAGUUUGUUUUUCUUUAUAACCAGUCUAUGUUCGAUUAUCCGAAUCGACCCCGGUCCCAAUUAAUUCGUAUAAUCGGCGUUCUACUGUACGUAUAGGUAUGUGCUCAGCACUAAUCAAGUCUGUUUUAAACAUGCACUUUUUUCUUUCAAUAAAACAUUCCCCGUAAAAAUCAAUCUCUAUUUUAUUUCGAAAAGAAGCUAUUUGAUACCGAGAAGAAGAUGGAUAGUAGAGUUUUAGUAGCCGAUCCAAUUGCAAUAACUGUAUAAAUCUUAACUUCCCGCGACCGACCAAACUCGAAUCUUUGUCCGUUUGGAGAUGUUAAUCCUUGCUCAACGGAACGAAACCUUUCAUGCGUGAAUCCGACUCGUACAGGACCGGUUUUAUUCGAGGUGUUAUGUGUUUAUUAGCAAACAGUAAAAGCGAUAAUCACAGAUUCGUAUUAGUCACGGAGGGAUAUCCUGUGGAUGUAUUAGUGAUAACAACCUUAAAUUUAUUAUAAUUUUAUGUUUCUUAGAUUCUAAUAACUAAACAAAUAAAACACUUAUUAUGUUAUGUAUUUAAUUGAAAUAAGAAAUGUAUGAUGUUGAAAUGUUUUCGUACCACGUGUAUAAAAAAUAAUUUUAUGUCAGGAAGUACGUACCUAUUUACAUUGACAUACCAAAAAGUAACGUGUUUCCUCUUGUUUACUAUCGCUUUUCGAAUAUGUAUUAUAUACAAAGUAGGUUUUCAUCAAUAUACAUACAGUUGAAUAGUUAGUGGACAGUUUAUAGUUUUAUCCUUCUAUCGCUCAUAAUAAAAGUGGCAAAUCACUAACUUUUUCGAUUGUAGAUUAUUAGUAUUAAAAUGCUUACCUUGUCUGUGCCUGAUUCGUCUUAUGCAUCACACUAAAUAGUAUUUUUUAUUAAGAUAAAGAACCGUUAAAUAUUACUUCAUCAACAUCUUUACAUGUUGUACAGCGGAAUGCCUGGCACUUUCAUCUAUCCAUUCUUCCAUACUGAUGUCAUAAAUGCAAAAGCGUUUUUGUCUGUCUGUUACCUCUUCAUGGUUAAACCGCUGAACGGAUUUAGAUGAAAUUUGGUAUAGAGUUAGUUUGAGUUACGAGUGAUGACCUUUGUCCUAUACUUUGAAAUGUAGGAUAAAAACUAUCCUUUGAUAAUAGGAUUAGACUAGAGUUAAACCUUUAAGGGGAUGAAAAGUGUGGAAGUUUGUUCAGGCACCCAAUAUUUCCACGCAGACGGAAGUCGCGGGCAAUAUGCAAUACCUGUAGGUACUAGUUUUGUAUAAAACUCAGACACGCCCACUGCGAAAGGACAAAAAAAAUACGACUCUGAGAGCAGCCGUAAAGGUAUAACAGAGCAGCUAUUAUUUCUUUGUUUCAAAUCCAUAAAUGCGAAUAAAAAUUCCCAUCGUAUCCACAUGUGCUAAAUCUUUUAUGUAAACAGCCAUACUGUGGCUAUGUGCAGUAGAAUAUGUAGUUAAUAUAGCAAUAGAAAUAAUUUGUUUGUCUAAGAUUAGGGACAAUAUCAUUGUCCUGUGCUUGAUAAGUCUCGAAUAAGUUACGUGUUAUGAUUGAAUUUGGAAAUUGUUCAUUGAAGGAGAAUAUUUAAUUCUAGGUUCUUUGUAGAAUUUAAAAUGAUAUCCUUUAAAAUUAAAUUCAGCCACUGGCCAUUAUUAUGUUGUUUCUAUAUUUUCAGCUGAUUUAAUAUUUCAACUUCAUCAUCUCACUUGUCAUUAAAAAUUAAUAUAACGUGCCGAAAUUUCCACGGGUCAAAUAAUGUAUCAUUUACCAAACGAAAAGAUAGCUUAUGUAAUUGUGAUAAUAAAAUAACGUAAUUAUAAAAUUCAGGAAGUUAUACAUAGUUGUAAAAUAGCUGUAUAAGUAUAUUCAUCUAUAAAUGUUAACAUUCUAAUGUAUUUUAAUUACCUAUGUAAAUAGCUACUUAAUUAUAAAUGUCAUUAGGCACUUCGAGAGGUGUAAAUGAUUGUUAUUCAUGGUUGAUUUGUUAUUGUGAAGAUGAAACAUGAGGCAUCUAUGUACAGUCUGACAGGCGUUUCUAGGGUAACUACCUUAUUUUGUAUGCAAGAUUUCUUUAUUUUAAUUUAUUAAUUAAAUAUUUUUCAUUGCACAAUGAACCGUUGCGCGCUACCAGUUCUUCAUGUCGUGUCCCGAACGGGCUAGUCACAGAAACAGAACAGGGUAGGUACAUGGCACAGUUCAGUUUCAUACACAUACUUUUUUUUUAUUGUAAACAUAACGGAACGCUGUGUGUAGAAUUUAGGUUAGAGACCAACCUUAAUAAUAUUAAUCUAGCUUUAUCACUUAUUACGAUACCUUUUAAUUUAACGUUGAAAAAACGAACGUCGAAACCGGAUGCUUCUAUAUUUGGGUAAGACUUUUGUACUUUAGGUGGAACUGUUCGAAUGAGUGCAGUAAAAACAAACAAAACUUUUUAGUUGCUCGUAGGUAUCGUAAUAGAUGUUAAAAUAAGAGUUCUAGUGCCAAUGAUAUUUGAAAAUCCGCCUGGCAAACUUACAUAAGGCGCGGGCCAUGUGGAGGACAUGUCUCUUCCGUGUCCUUUAUAAAGUGUAGAAACGUCGCGUCGCAAAACAAGACACGGAGCUUCUAUAUUUUGUAUGAAACUGACAAUGUCCGUGCCCCGUCUGAGUCCUUUCUGUUUGUCCCGCGCCUAACAAGUCAGAUAUGUCUAGCUUGCGUAAUGGAAAUACGAAACUAUUGUUUUUUGUUAUAACUUCUUCAUUAGGUACUACUACCUUCCUAAUAUGUACUAAGUUUUGAGUACCCAACUACGUCUUUUAAAAUUCAUUAAGUUUAAGAAUAAUUUUAAUAUUGACUGAAAAAGUAAACUUAACCUAUUAAAAAUCUAUAUUUUUAUUGAUGUUACCGAUUACCAUAGCCAAAUAGUAAUAAACUUAAAGUCAUGCUAGAUAUUUAUAAAAAAUAUAGCUUCUAUGAUGUUGUUGUUGUUUUGUAUAUUGUGGUUAUUAUAAAUAUAUUUUAUGUGUAA